CGGCUGAGGUACAAGUGCAACGCCCUCGCGGCGUGGUGGGUGACGCAGGCGUGCCUGAUCGCGACGCUCCUCCUCUUCGGCGACGCGCCCUUUCGCUGGAUCGCCAGUCGAUGGGGCGAGCUCGCGACGUGCGCCGUGGUCGUCGCCGACGUCGCCUCCGUCGGGCUCUACCUUCACCAUCGAAACGCCGAUGUCGAAGACGAGCUAACGAACCCGGUGUACGACGUCUUCAUGGGCGUCGUCGCAAACCCUCGGUCGUUCGGGGGAAGGCUCGACUGGAAGCUGUUCACCGAACUUCGAGCGAGCUGGGCGACGCUCUUCAUCCUGACGCUGGCCGCGUCUCUCGCGGGAGCCGGCGACCAUAACCUUGAGCACGCCAUGGAUGACGACGGGACUGGGACGAUCGGCUUGUUCUUCUUCUGCCCGCGGCGUCGUAUCUCGAACGCGUCGUUUCUCCUGCUGUUCGCGCACUGGCUGUACGCCAACGCGUGCCACAAGGGCGAGGCGUGCGUCCCGUUCACGUUCGACGUCAUGAGGGAGAAGUUCGGGUGGAUGCUGUGUUUCUGGAACCUCGCGGGCGUUCCUUUCGUGUACUCGGCCAACGCUUUCUUCGUCGCGAAAAACGACGUGAGGCUGACGACGCCCCGCUUCGCCUUCGUCCUGGCGCUGUUACUCUCCGCGUAUUACGUCUGGGACACCUCGCAGGCGCAGCGCGUGCGAUUUCGCGCGAAGCACCUGGGCGUGGGCCUCGGAAAGCGCCCGUACGCCUUCCCCGAGCUCCCUUGGAGCGAGUUGCGCUCGCCCGUCGCGAUAUCUACGGCACGAGGGUUCCCGCUUCUCGCCAGCGGAUGGGUCGGGAUGGCGAGAAAGAUUCACUACACCGCGGACCUCGCGAUGGCGUGCGCGUGGGCCCUGGCGUGCGACCGGUGGCCGUGGCAGAGCGCCGUGGUCUGGUUCUACCCGGCGUUCUUUCUCGCCAUGAUCACGCACAGGGCGGGGAGGGACGAACGAAGGUGCUCUGAAAAAUACGGGGACGACUGGCGAAGACUUAAGGAACGAGUGCCCAACGUGUGGGUCCCCGGGGUGUUCUGA